AGAAACUGUCGUAGCUGUCUUCGAGCCGAGAAUGAGGAGCUCUUCCCUGUACUCCAGAAGGCUCUCCGCGGUAUCGACGAUAAGGAAGCGUCGAGCACUUCUCUUCGAGAUUUAGGGCAUCGGGAAAGAUAGCUAAUUAGCUAUCUAGUUAUAUACCAGAUAUAAAGCCAUUCAUGAACAAAUUUAAAUUAUUAUUUACGGGAGGAUGUGAGAAAACCCCGGCUUCAACAAAGUUCAUUUUCUGUAUUCAAGAAUAAAGCUUUCUUAGUUAGCUGGCUUGCUAACUUUUGAUAAGCUAGCUAGCUACUCGCGCCAACCUGCUUUCACUUUCACACUGAGCUGUACAUUAUGGCCAGCAAUGCACUCAAAUAGAUAGUUGAGUUAGCUGUGCAGAUUUGAGAAAUAUACAUUUAUAUAGGUGGGAAAAUAGGAUCUGUUAAUUUAUUAAGUGAGGCAAACGUGGACGGCUGUAGCUAAGUAAGCUAACCAGUUAACAUUAGUUAGUUGGUGCUUCAUAACAGAAAACUUAUCAGUCCGCCACAGAGGCCUGUCUGGUGAGGGAGUGUAUUGUGUAUGUAUUCUACCGGCGUGGUCUGUCAGUGGAAAGAUGUCGGCUCAAGCGCAAAUGCGAGCAAUGCUAGACCAACUAAUGGGUACCGGGAGAGAUGGGGACAGCAUGCGGCAGAGGAUCAAGUUCUCAGACGAACGAGUGUGCAAAAGUCACCUUCUUGACUCCUGUCCUCAUGACAUACUUUCAGGCACGCGCAUGGACCUGGGGGAGUGCGUGAAGGUCCACGAUCUGGCUCUCAGGGCCGACUUUGAGAUCGCCUCCAAGCAGCAGGAGUAUUUCUUCGAGCUCGACGCCGCGGAGCACCUGCAGUCCUUCAUCGCGGACUGCGACCGGCGGACCGAGCUGGCCAAGAAGCGCCUGGCCGAGACGCAGGAGGAGAUCAGCGCCGAGGUGGCGGCCAAGGCGGAGCGAGUGCACGAGCUCAACGAGGAGAUCGGGAAGCUCCUGGCGCGGGCCGAGCAGCUGGGGGGCGAGGGGAACGUGGACGAGGCGCAGCAGGUGCUGGAGAAGGUGGAGAAGACGCGAGCCAUGAAGAGAGAGGCGGAGGAUAUAUAUAGAAACUCAAUGCCAGCUUCCAGUUUCCAGCAGCAGAAGCUCCGGGUCUGUGAGGUUUGCUCCGCCUACCUGGGUCUCCAUGACAAUGACCGUCGCCUUGCUGACCACUUUGGCGGGAAGCUGCACCUGGGCUUUAUUGAGAUCCGUGAGAAGCUGGAAAGACUAAGGAAAGCAGUUGUCGAAAAGCAGGAGCGAAUGCGAAUGAGAAGACGGGAAGAACGAGACCGAGAGGAGGAGAGAGAGAGACAGAAGGAGUGGGAACUGGAGAGGGAGAGGGAGCGCGAGAGGGAGAAAGAGCGUGAGAGGGAGAGAGAGAGAGAACGAGAGAGGCGGAGAACAAGGUCAAGAAGUGGAGAACGAUACAGGGAUGGUGGAAGCUCGUCCUCCCAUCACCCUCGUCGCCAUCAUUCCUCCCGUUCCCGGGAAGAGGGAGGAGAGAAGGAUAGAGAGAGGAGGCACAGGCAUAAAGAGAGACAUCGUUCACGUUCCCACUCCCACAGGAGCAAGAAGAAGAGAGACAGAUCCCCACACCCCCGCGAGAGGGAGCAGUCGCCGUCCCAGGACAGAGGGAGCGAGCGAGUGAUGAGGGCGGGAGCAGACUUUUGGAGGGAAGGCGAGCGGACGGAAAGGGAGAGGUCCGCCUCCCCGGACAUGGCGAGGGGGAGGGACGUGCCGCGGGAGAGAGAGCGGUCGCUGUCGCUGGAAAGAGAGCGGCAGUCCAGCUCUGAGGAGAGAGAAUCCGGGGAGAUCUAGAGCCACUGGCAGCUUGGAGGAUUGUGCGGGGAGUGGGGUUGGGGUGGAAAAUAGAAGUGGGGGAAAGGGGGAGAUGGGAGAAGGAGCUGUGUGAAAAACGUGUAGUUACACUGUUGAGAGGAGGAGGAGGAUAAAGUGCAGUGCGGAAAGAUGGGGAGGGAAUUAAUUCACUGGAGAUGGGAUGAAAUGAGAUGAAGGCCCUACAGGGCUGUGGAGGGAAGGAUGUAGCUCAGUGUGUGAGAGGCAGAAAGUUGUACCUCCUAUCCCUGAUAGUUUAUUUCAUAUGGAACAUAUGUUUCUUUUGUUUGUUUUUUUACUAUUAUUGUUGUCCUUUUUCUGAUCCCUUUUGAAAUAUAACAUGAAUCGUUUAGUGGUUGUAUAGAAAGGAAUUUGCGCACAUGGACGUGAAAUCCUACAGACAGGGAUCCGAUCCCCCAAAGUGUAGAAAACCAAUCACAGCCUGAUUUAUAAUGAUUCAGAAUUGCACUGCACACAUACGAAGACCAGCACACAUUAAACACACAAAGGCCUGGACAAAAACUUGUCUCGUACACAGACACACACACGCACACACUUUUGGGGACCCUGUAUUUGCCAUGGUCUAUACCAACUGAAUAAAUGUUCCGCUUCCAUUAUAA